CGCUGGAGUCGCGCAAUCAUCGAACUCAGUCCUCUGUCGUUACUGGUCAAGGUCGAAGCCAAGCGCGAGACAACGUCAAUAUGGAAUCGCUGUCCCAGGUUCUCCAGCCGUACAAGGAACUGGUGGGUAAUGUGGCCGGUGUCGUAACCGUGCUGCAGAUGUUCAGCGGAUGUUUCGUCUGCAACGAUAUCCGGAAGAAGGGCACCUCGGAUGGGUUCUCGCCGAUGCCAUUCAUCGGCGGUUGCAGUCUUACUGUACUCUUCCUAACGCAUGCUCUACUGAUGGGCGAUCCGGCAAUGAUCAAAGCCAAUGUCGUUGGAUUGGCGAUCAGUGCGACAUAUGCGGGGAUUUUUCUCUUGUUUACGCCAAAACGCAAUCGAAUCGGUUUUUGGCGGCAAGUUGCGAUGUGCGGCGUUUUGACGGCGAGUCUGCUUCUCUACGCCAAGCUCGAGGAUCCCACGCUGGUGGAGGAUCGAUUCGGGAUGAUAGUAACAGUUUUGCUGUUAUUGCUGAUCGCACAACCAUUAUUUGGUUUGCCGGAGAUUGUUCGGAAAAAGAGCACCGAAGGAUUGCCGUUUGCGAUGAUAUUCUCAGGUACAAUCGUUGGAUUCAUGUGGCUUCUGUACGGCAUUAUACUGAACAAUUCCUUUGUGAUUUUCCAAAAUUUGGCAGCGCUUGCACUGAGCGGAGUCCAAUUAGCGCUUUUUGUGAUAUAUCCCUCCAAGGAUUUGAAGAAGAAAGAACCAUAAAGUAUUAGAUAAUAAUAAUAUAUUCAAUUGAUUUUAUUUUUGAA